UUAACCAACGCCAACUGUACUGCAGCAGCGAUAUCCAAUUGUAUUUGGGCGUUGUGAGUAAGGUGAAGAAGUAAUUACGGUGGAUAAUCACUGCCUCUAAUUCAGGAGCUGGGUCCGGUGGACACCAAUUUAUCGGUUAAUUGCUCUAGAAAAGGAAAUAUUCUUCCAGGCUCUUCUCUGGGAGUGUCUUUAUUCUCCUCUCGCAAUUUUGGCUCAAUUCCUGUUUGAUUCAUCCAUGGGGAGUGUUUGGGAAAGCAGUGGAAGCGUAAGGAUGCUUGGAGCAGUUAUCUGUGUGUGGAUGAUUUCAGCGACAGCGACGGCGAGAGUGCUGCCGCUGCCUUUGCAUCCUUAUUUGGAUGGGCCAGAAAAGCCAAUUAGUAAUGUUUUCGAUACUACCAAGUAUGGAAUAUUGCAGCUGAACAACGGUUUGGCCAGAACUCCUCAGAUGGGAUGGAAUAGCUGGAACCACUUUGCUUGCAAUAUCAGGGAAGAGGUUAUUAAAGAAACAGCCGAUGCACUUGUCUCCACUGGCUUGGCGAAGCUGGGCUACAUCUAUGUAAACAUAGAUGAUUGCUGGUCUGAAGUUGUGCGGGAUUCAGAGGGUCAAUUAGCUCCUGAUUCAAGAACUUUUCCAUCUGGCAUUAAAUUUCUUGCUGAUUAUGUGCAUUCUAAAGGGCUGAAGCUAGGCAUCUACUCGGAUGCAGGGAUCUUCACAUGCCAAGUUCGACCUGGUUCACUAUAUCAUGAAAGUGAUGAUGCAGAACUCUUUGCAUCUUGGGGUGUCGAUUAUUUGAAGUACGACAAUUGUUUCAAUCUCGGCAUUGAUCCAGAGAAGAGGUAUCCACCUAUGCGCGAAGCCCUGAAUGCAACAGGACGUCCAAUAUUCUAUUCUCUUUGUGAAUGGGGUGUGCACGACCCAGCCUUAUGGGCAGGCAAAGUUGGAAACAGUUGGCGAACAACAGACGACAUUAAUGAUACAUGGGCAAGCAUGACUACAAUUGCUGAUCUCAACGACAAGUGGGCAGCCUAUGCCGGACCUGGCGGCUGGAAUGAUCCGGACAUGCUAGAAGUUGGCAACGGUGGCAUGACUUACCAAGAAUACCGUGUGCAUUUCAGCAUUUGGGCUCUGAUGAAGGCUCCUCUUUUAAUUGGUUGUGACGUUAGAAAUAUCACUUUGGAGACAUUAGAAAUUCUUGGCAAUGAGGAGGUUAUUGCUGUAAACCAAGAUCCGAUUGGAGUUCAAGGAAGGAAAGUCCAUGCCUAUGGGCCAGACGAGUCUUAUCAGGUUUGGGCAGGUCCACUUAGCGGCCAACGUUUGGCAGUUGUUCUAUGGAAUAGAGGUUCGGAAGCAGCCAUUGUCACUGUACAAUGGGAUGCACUUGGGCUCGAGUCUUCUACGGCGGUGUCUAUCAAAGAUUUGUGGAAGCACGAAAGCAUCCCGGGGAACACUGUAGAUUCGUUCAGCACUCGAGUAGAGGCUCAUGGGUGUGAAAUGUAUGUCUUCACUCCAUUGACAGUAGCUCAUUCUCUUCACUCAGCAACUUAACUUUGCUGAGGAAACAAACAGACGGAUCCUUGGUUGAAUUGCAUUUGCCAAGAACAUGCAUUGUUUGUGUUGUAUGUAACUAUUCUGGUUUCCCCUUAUAUUGAUCUUGAUGUUGUUGAAUUCUUGUACCAUACAAUAAUAAUUGGCAAAAUUGUCCAUAAUUUUCUUGUGGUUACUCAA